AUGUCUUUCUCUCAUUGCCUUUCCCAUUUCCCAUUGACACUCAAGGCUAUAAAACCUUGUGGUUCUGUUGGAAAAGGGCAAAAUUUUGCUUUCCCUAUCAGAACUAAUGGGGCUGAGCACUGUAACAGAGACAUUGUGGGAAGUAGAAGAUUGCAGGGAAUUUUUCCACGGGUCAACUUAAGCGGAGAUUGGAGUUUCAUAGGAGGAUCCACAAUUGUUGUUAAACCAAAUACUACAAGAAGGCUGCAUUAUCCAAAAAGGGGUCAAAUCCAACUUUCAUGCUUCAUAGGAUCUCAACUUGCUAGCACUGCAUUUACAGCUGGAACAAUAGCAGUGCUCCCAUUUUACACACUUAUGGUCCUAGCUCCAAAUUCUGAUCUAACCAAGAAGUCUAUGGAGAGUAGUCUACCAUAUAUAGUGCUUGGGAUUCUCUAUGCAUAUUUAUUGUACCUUUCUUGGACCCCAGAGACAAUUCGAUUGAUUUUUGCAAGUAAAUACUUGCUACCAGAGCUGCCUGGUAUAGCAAGAAUGUUCUCCAGUGAGAUGACUUUGGCCUCUGCCUGGAUUCACCUGUUGGUUGUUGAUCUUUUCGCUGCAAGGCAUGUUUUUCAAGAUGGACUGAAGAAUCAGAUUGAAACUAGGCAUUCGAUUUCUUUUUGCUUGUUCUUCUGCCCCAUUGGGAUUCUUACUCAUGUCAUCACCAAAGCCAUGACCAAACCUGCCACAAAAGAGGGUCAUGGUGUGUAG